AUGAAAUUAGACAACGAUUUUUUGAAAAUACAAACUUAUGCUAAUUAGCUUUUUGAUUCACUCCCAAUCAUAAAAGAAUAUAAAAAUGAUAAAGAUCUUAUCACUCAACUAUAAUACUCUUGUGUAUGUUAUGGUAGAAAAUUAGUUUCUUUAUUUGAUAAAUAUACAGUACUCUAAAAAAAAUAAUAAGAAGGUUCAAAUUAAUUAGUAAUUAAUUUGGCUUCUCUCUUAAAUGUUACUCCAAAUGAACAAACUAUAACUAAUACAAUAAAAUAAUAAAUUAAAGCUAAUUAAUAAUUAUAAUCUAAAAUUGAAUAUCUAAAACAAUCCUAAUAGGAUGUAGUCUAUUAAAAGAUGUUACAGCAUGAAUAAAAAUAAACUCAAGAAUUAUAAGAAGUAGCUGAUCGUCUGAUUUAAGAAUUGAAAUAAUCUAGGGAUGAUAAAUAAAUAUUACUUGAUGAAUUACAAAUGAAAGAAGAAUAAUUGAAAUCGUAUCAAUAACCUUCCUAAUUAAGAUCUCCCAUCAAAUAAUAAUAUAGUAGUAGUGCUCAAAAAUAUUCUAGUGCUACUAAAUAUUCCAGUUCAAAUAAACAACCUCGUUUUCAAUAACAAUUGAUUAAUACACUUUAAACCUUAUCUUAAUAAACCAAGUCUUUUCUUUCUUAAUAUGUAAAUCAAUAGGAAUCCACAUAUGAUUAUGAUCAAUUGAUUACUGAUGAUACUUAAAUGUUAUGUUUAAAUAUCUCAAAUAUAAUUCGUGAUUUAACUCAGAUCCUUCAACACAAAGAAGAAAUUGUUGAAAAUCUAAUCAAAGGCCUUGAAAUUUAACUAGAAUAAGUAAGAUUAGAAUAGUAAUAGAAUUAAUUGUAAUUAAGUGAUACUAAAUAAUUGUCUUAUCAAUUAUAAUAAUUAUAAACUAUUGUUAAAAAAGCUAAAGACACACGAACUAAAGAAUUGGAUAGAGCAUUUAAUUCUGAAAUACCAGUAUUCAUUGUUCCUGAUGAUCUUAUGGAUUCAGAAUUACAAUUAACUAUAGAAAAACAUAAUUCUAAAGUUUAAUCAAAAUUGAAUGAUUUAGCUAUUUAAUUAAAAAAGAAAUCAUAAUAAUUUGAAUAAAUAUAAUCAUAAAGUACAAAAAUUAAGAUAAUCUCUGAAGAAGGUUUAAAUAGAUUAACAAUUAUUUUAAAUGAGCUUUAAAAUAUGGCUGAUUCAGAUGAGGCAUUAAAAUUACUUAAAUUUUGUAAAAAUGAAAUUGAUUCAAUGCAUGUAAAUUUGAGUGCUAUUAAUAUUGAGUAACAAGUGUCCAUUGAAAUUAAAUAAUAAAGACAAAAUUGGUUGUAGCAACUUGAUCAAUUAAAAAAAUUUUAUUCAGAGUAAACUGAAAAAUUAAUUUAAGAAAAUGAAUAACUAAAUGAAUAAUUAGUUUAAAUUCAAUAAUUAAUGUAGGGAUUACAUAAUGAUAAUGAUUAAUUGACUCGUAAACUAAGAUUAGCUUAAUAGGAGUAAUUGUAAUAAAAAGAAGAUAAAAAUAAUUUAAUAUAAGAAAUGGAGUUGACAAUUACAUAAUAAGAUUAAAAUAUCAAAUUAUAUGAAUAAUAAGAUAAAAAGUAAAGAUAGACUAUAGAAUAAAUGGAAAAAGAGUUAGAGAAUAAAAAAAGAGAAUAUUUGAAUUUGUUAUAAUCAAAAUAGUUAGAGCAAUAGGAUGUAAUAGAUAAAUUAAAUGAUAGGAAUUCACUCUUAGAAUUUGAAAAUAAAACUUAUAAAUAGUAAUUGGAUGUUAUUGAAAAAGAUUUUAAAAAUCUAAAGUCCUAACGAUAGAGCUAAGAUUAAUUAGUUGAAUAAGACAAAUAAAAUAUGAAAAAGUAAUUAGAUGAAAAAAAAAAAUAAUUAUUAUAAUUACAAACAGAGAAUAAAAAAUAGCAUGAAGAGGCUGUUGCUUAAAUAGAGGAUUUAUAAGAAGAAUUAGCACAUAUAUCAAGUUAAUUGUAAUUACGAGAGACAGAAAUUCAAUAGUUACAUAAGACAUUGAGUGAAUUAGAGGAAUUUUCUAGAAAAUAGAUUGAUGUGAUAAGAACUUAUGAAGAUAAAUUAACUGAUGCAUAUCAAAUAAAAAAAUAAUUAGAAAACAAUAAUGAAGGAAGUGAUUAAAUGUUAUCUCAAUUAUAACAUAAAAAUCAAUAAUUAUAAUAAUAAUGUAAUUAGAUGAAACAUGAAAAUGAUAAGUAAAUUUAUAUUAUAAAAGUUUUAGGUUAUUAAAUGAUUUAAGUUUAUUGUAAAAGUAAUACACAAAAUAAACAGAAGCAAUGGAAUAGGAGUUUAAGGAUAAAUUUAAUAAGUAAUAAGAGAUAAACAAAAUUUUAAAAGAGGAAGCAAGAAAUCUAAAAGCUUAAUUGGAAUUGAAGAUUAAUUAAUUAAGAUAAAUAGAAUAAGAUUUGCAAGAUAAAAAUAAUGAUUUGGAGUAUUUUAUUAAUAUAAUAAUAUUAGAAAAGCAUAAAAAAUAUGUAAAUAAUUAAAUCUGUAGGUGAAUGAAUUCAGAUAAAAGAUUGAAUAUUUUGAAGAAUUUAAAUAAGAAGUAUGUAUAAAUUAAAAUAUUAGAAUAUAGAGACUUCAGAAUAAUAUGAAAAGCAAUUGAAAUUUUUACAGAAUGAAAAUUUUCAGUAUCGAAAAGAAUUAGAUAGAUAAUAAUAAUAGAAUACAUAACGUCAGAAGACAAAUAAUAUAUAAGAUUAAUAAAUGAAAGAGGAAAUUAGUAAUUUAAAAUAAGAAGUAAGAAAGAUGGAAUAAUUAUUAAAACAAGAGAGAUUGAAUUACGAAUAGGAAAUAAGAAAUUAUUAGAAUUAAAUAGGCGAAUACGCAAAAUUAGAUUUAUCAAUGAGAUAAAAGUCAGCACAAUCUAGUGGAAGUGCAUUUUAUGAAAAUUUGAUAGAAGCUAAAGACUUAGAAAUCGCAAGAUUGACAAACAUUGUGAAAUCUUUAACAGAUUUAAGAAAAUGA